AUGUUGCUCGCCAGACACAAUCGCAUUGGCUGGAUCAAGCCAUCGCUUUCCGUUUCCUGGACAACUGCGACAAAUAUACGCCGCAUCUCCGAUGACAGACGAGCGACUAUACUGUCCAAACAUCCCGAGCUGAGCGAUCAGACAGCUAGGAAACGGAAGAGCGAGGAAUAUAUCGACCGAUGUGCCAAGUUGGGCCUGAGGCCGGACACAAACCUUCAAAAAGUCCGGCUCCCAGCAGUCCAACUCGAGCAAUUUGUCCGCCUGAAAUCAGAGGCUAUGGCCGCCCGCUUGCUGGGGAGCGAACCGUCGGAGAAGCUGUCUCAACAGUACAGAGAGUGUAAACAAUGGUUGAAAAACAACACGCCAAAACCUGAAGAUCUGUAUGAGGCAGAGAGAACUGCUGUCUUGAAACAGUUUCCCAAUCUUACGAUGGCAGCGAUGAGAGAUAAUAUCUUGAGGCAGUACGAGAUCGAGAAUAAGAAGAUUCUGGUUCCAAGGAAUGAACAAGAGACAGCCGAUCAACCGAGAGAGUUCGUAGCAGGUACCACGCACGAAGAGAAGACACGAUACUGUAACUUGGCGUUACAGUAUGUUGUAAUCCAUCUGAUUGACAAUCCCGUCGCUUCGAAGUACGCACUCGACGAGUGGAAAGCAGACUUCAAACGCUGUCUACGUCGCAGAGCCAUGGACGACUCUGAGCAGCUCAGGGUACAGUUUGUCAAAGCACUCGAUCAGGGUGUUCAGAUUGGAUCUGCCCAGUCACCUCCCAAGCAGUUUGAGAAGUUCCUGCAGUCACGUCUGAAAGCACUUGCUGCAGAGGUGUUUCUGCCUGACAGUGAUUCUGCUGAGCGCAAGAAGAGAAGGCACGAAUUGCGGGCGGUAAUCCUGGCUGAUCUGGAUGUGACUCAGACUCAUAUGAAGCAGAGGAAGGGCGGAUGGUGGAUUAUUCCAAACCCACUUGCGGUAUUUGAAUGGAUCGGCGCCAUCUUCUAG